AUGAGCGUAAGUCAAGCAGAGUUAUUUCGAGGUGAGUUUUCAAAGGAUUUUAUAUGGGGUUGCGCAAGCUCAGCAUAUCAGAUUGAAGGUGCUUGGAAUGCUGAUGGUAAGGGUGUCAACAUUUGGGACACGUUUUCUCAUACACCGGGAAAAGUAUGGGGAAAUCAUAAUGGAGACGUUGCCUGCGAUAGUUAUCACAAGUACAAGCAGGAUGUAAAGCUUCUCAAGUCUUUAG